GUAGAAAAUUUGCAUAAAUUGUGAACUUCCGGGAGCCGGGUGAUCCUGAGUUCAGAGAAACAUGGCGGACGAUGAGACGUCGAUGUAGCGGCGAAAAACUACAGAAAUUAAGACCUGAAAUGUGAUGUUUUGUGAGCAGCUACUACGGAAGGCAAAUGAGCGCAAGGCUGAGAUUAUCGAAGGCCGCGGUGACCCCUGGGUCACUCGGCAGCAGUUAAGGGAGCUGUACCAGCAGAUCUUGGUGACAGACUUGGAGUAUGCCCUGGACAAGAAGGUGGAGCAGGACCUGUGGAACCAUGCCUUCAAGAACCAGAUAUCGGCGCUGCAGCGCAAAGCCAAAGACAAAACGAAUCCCAAACGUAGUGAAGUUCAAGCCAUGUUGACCCUUUUCCUGGACAGUGGCAGUGGUUUCUACUUACAGCUGCUACAUGAGUUGUGUAGUUCCUUCCAGCUGGACAUUCCCUGCUGCGUGAGGGCGCCCCGCCUCGGCAUGGCCUCGGAACUGAUUCUGCCUGCCAGUGUCGGCCAGCACAAGGUGGCCACUCCGGCAUACGCGUCCGUUCUCUACAUCUGCCAGCACUGCCUCGUUCAUCUGGGGGACCUUGCUCGCUACCGCAACGAGACCAACCAAUCGGAGAGCUACUACCUGCAGGCAGCCCACCUGGUUCCCUCCAACGGUCAGCCCUACAACCAGCUGGCCAUCGUUGCCGCUUCCAAGGGUGACCAGCUGGCCAUGACCUUCUACUACAUCAGGAGUAUAGCUGUCAAGCAUCCCUUCCCUGCCGCGGCCACUAACCUGCAGACUACCUUCUCCAAGCUGGUUGACAGAGAUGAGGUGAAGCUGUUCAAGAUGAAGGAGAUUGAGUUGAUUCAUUUCUUCAUCAAGUUCCACGCCAUCGUCUACCUAGCAGCAGGAGACCAAGACCUGCAGAUUGCCUCAGCCAUCAAGGAGAAGCUGGAGGAGAACUUCCGUAGCCACCUGGCCCAGGAGACCCUGACGGCCCAGCAGCUGGUCCAGAUUGCCUCCAUCAACCUUUUCGCUCUGCACUGCGUUUGCCUGCGCCAACUGGAAACUCUAGAGGGCGGUGUUACAUCGUCGCAGGCUGAGACAGUCAAGGGGAGCCAGGGGGAUGGCCAGGCUGCCGUCCAGGAUGGGUGUUACGCUGCUGACGAGACUAGGACGUGGAAUCUGGUGUUUGGCCUGACAAUUACCCUCUUGCAACUGAUGUUGCAUUACACACCCGGCAAGACUGACGGUAAGCCGCUGCAGUGGUGCGGACUACCAGCAGUCAAGGUUCUCCUGGAUUGGCUGGUCCAGCAGCCAAGUCUCUUCCAAGAUCCGUUCAUGUCGGCCAAAUCAGUGCUGUGGGGUAAAUUUGCCAGGGUCUUGAACAGCAUCCAGACCGACGCCAGCAGCUCUCCCAAACACAGCCGGGUCCCCUUACCGGAGGACAUCAGCCUGAAUGGGUUCCUACCACUGCAAGACGCGCAAGGGUCUGUGGAGUUUACAGCUAUCCAGCAAUCUCUAACCAAGGAGACACAGUGGGCAGAGAGAGCCAAGAGGCUGCUGGCUCACGGCAGACUCGUAGCAGAGACACAUCCAGACCACCUUAAGACAGAGCCGUCAAGCGAGGGCACCACAAAGGUCACCUUCACUAGCCAGAGCGGUGAGGAACAGACGCGCCGGCUGCACCAUCCAAAACAAAAGCAGUCCAAGACGUCACAUCAGCAGCAGCAGCAACAACAACGACAGAGCAAGCAUCAGCAGAUCCAGGCUGCGCAGGGGUCUACCCCCAAUAGGGGCGGGGCCAAGAAGGCAAGGGAUGGGCCCAAGAAGAGAGACAGUAGCACUGAGCCGGCCAUCGGCGAGCGGGGGGCACUGAAGGGCAGCGGCGGGGGGCGGAAGGGUAGUGACGGAAGCAUCGAGAACAAGACGCAUAGUGUUGCCAUUCAGGCCAUCCUGCCAAGACCAAGUCAGUCCAAGGUCUCAGAAACAGCCAGCAAGGCAACAGAGCCAAUCCCAAUACCGGGCAAUGCCCACAACCGCCCGGCAGAUGGCAGGGUCCUCCAGGAACAAAACCCAAUCCACUCCCCCAUCCAGGCCCAGGGCCGACAGCACCCAUAUCACUCCCCGACGCACUCCCCAAGCAGCGGGUUCCGGCACCCGGUUGGGCAGCCCCUCCGGCAUCACCCUCCCCCGCCCUGGCCCAACCAGCCCCAUGGCCCCCCACCAUACCCACAGCAUGUUCCCCCGCACCCAGGUGGGCUACCUCAUCCCCCACCACCUUCAGGUCACCACGUUCCUCCUUAUCCCCCUGUUCCCCGGGGACCCCACCCGCCUGGUCCACCACCCCCACACCCAGGGGUACAACCUCCACACUUGCAGCAGGGGCCAGCACACCCACAAAGGCCACCCCCUCACCCCCACAGUGUUCCACCAAACCUGCAGCAGCAUCCUCAAGGACCUCAACCUUCUCACCCACCUGGACCUCCACCAACCAUGCAAGGUCCGCCUUCCUCCGGUCCCCCAUCACAUGGCCUACCACCCCAUAUGCCACCUUCUCAAGGUCCCCGACCCAAUUUCCCACGAGCACCCAUGCACCAGAGGCCACCCUAUCCCCAUGGCGAGAAAUCCAAUCCCAUGUGGCAGCAGCAGCAGCCCCAAGAUCAGGACGGAGCAUCGGGAUAUGAGUUUAGCCAUCAGCAACCCCCACCUCAACCCCAACAGCCAACCCAACCGCACCCUCAUGCAAACCAAGGCCUGUGGCCAAAAGGCCCUGCUGUUAGCAGUAGUGCUGAUUCUUCCCCGUCUCCAACUUGGGGAGGAAACGCCAAUAAAAUCCUCAGCCAAAGUAGAGGGCCAGUUGGAAGACAGAAUCCAAUGCAGCAACAACAGCAGCAAGCUCAGCUACCUUACAUCCAGCAUCCAGAUCAGGCUUUACCACUGCAGCAACACCCUCAAGGGGCCAAGUCAGAUCCCUUUCAAAGGCAGCAGCAGCAGCAGCAGCAGCAACAACGAGAUUCUUUCUCUGCACCCUCUGGUCAGCCAUCCCAGCCCAACCAAGACCUGGCCCAGCAGUUCAUCAACCAGAACACACUCAACCAAAACAUCCUGGAGCUCCUCUCCACCUUGCAGAAGCAGAUGCAGCAGUCCCCAGACCCAGGCGAUGGCAACCUCGGCCUGAAACAGCAGCUCGGAUCAAGCCUCACAGGCAACUCCCUCGAUUCUCAGAGCUUGUCUCUACUGUCCCAGCUCAACCAGCACAGUGCCAGCCAAGGCGACAUCCAAAGCCAGAGAUUCCUAGGGUCAAGUCUAAACAAAGAUCAGUUCGCAUCCAUGAAGCAGCCAAGCCCCGUCCAGAAACCCUUUCAGAGUGCUUUCUCCUCCACCAGGAGCUUUGACGCAUCUGACCUGGCCAAAAACUCAUCCAAUUUCCCCUUCCAAGGCGAUGACAGCACCCCUUAUCGCAGCCCCCAGCAUCUCCCCUACUCCCAGCAUGGUCCGGAACACAAGUCCCAAGGUUACCCUUCCAACUUUGAAGACCUUCAGAUAAAGGAACCGUCUGGGUUGUUCAGGAGCAGUCCUAGCAGCCACCUGCAACAGCAACAGCAGCAGCGGCUCCCACCAGAUUGGAGUAUCGAGGAUGGAUCAGAUGGACGCGGGACUCCCACAUCACCCCCGACGCUCUUCCCAAGCAACGAGGAAGUCCGGAAGAUGCAGAAGAUGCCUGGCUUCUCCACGUGGCCGGACCAGUUCUCCAUGGAGGAAUACCAGACCCAGAGAACCAGAGAUGUUCCAACACUGCUGAACCCAGCAACCUCCAGCGGCAGUCUGGGCCUGUCCCCAACCCCUUCCUCUCAACCGACCCGCCAAAGCUCCUCAUUUCUUGGACAGGAUGCCUUCGGCUCAAGCCAGCCCACCAGCCGCCGAUACAACAAUGGAGGGAGCGGUCUGUUUUCGGACUCCACGGAAAGAAAAAGCAGCCUUGAGGAUGGCACCCUGGGCACGUCGUCCGGCUAUUCUCUCUUCAGCUACUCCUCCCCCUGGGCUGGGGGCAAGCAAGACGGUCACAACCUGAACCCUUCCCCUUUCUCCAGUUCCCCCAGCUCACCCCGCUCCCAGUCUCCCAGCGUCCAGUCCAAGAACCAGCUGGGAGGGGGGCUGGGUGGGGGGCUCGGGUGGGGCACUGAGAGGAGUGGCACCACAGGGGCCUGGAGUAGUCACCCGACACGGGGACACCAGCUGUCCAGCUCUCCGACCAGCGGUCUGCUGCCGGACUCUAUACAGUCCAUCUGGUCCAGCCCCUUGGGUAGCUCCGCCCACAAACCUUCCCCCUUGGAGGAGUUACUGAAACGCCAGAAAAUGACCGACCAGAGGUGAAGGAAGUUGACGAAUUCAAAAAGGAAAAGAACAAAACAACGUACCAAAAACCGACAACGGAGAUUGAGAGGCACAGGUCUGGUCUCGUCUUCUGUCGCAGUAUCUGUCAAGGGGUGUGUGUCCCUGUCUGUCACCUUGUCUGUGACUGGAUAUGUUGCUUGACGUCUUCAAACCAGGUUUGUAUUGUCGACUGGUUUCGAGAAAAAAAAUGUGAUAUAUAGAAAUCAAUGCAUAUGAUUUGUUUUGGUUUAAAAAAAAAAACAAAGAGCUUGAUUCGGAAUAGGUAGAUAAGAGAAUUUGUGCGUCGCCAUGUGCGUAACGGUAUGCGUAGUACAGUGUGUCACCGCAUGGGCAGCGAUCUGUUGCGUUUGUAUCGUGUGUCAACCCAUCUGUCACUGUGUUCGGCAACCAGUUUGUCACUGCAUGCGCUACCUGGUGUGUCACUGGACAUGACUGAGGAAGCAGUGCGUACAGUUGGGUUCCACUACGCAAGACUCACUUGUGAAAAAAGGUUGAAUUUAACAGGUUUUGAGUAGCGCAUCACUAUGUUUAAUACCAGUUUAUUAAAACUGGUUUGAUAAUAAUUUAAAUAAUAAUUACCUGAUUUUAACCAGGUUUAUGAAUUUACAAUACUUUGUGUUAUUUAUGAAGUCACGUGGCUGGUUAUGAUAACUUGGGUUGUUAACCAGAGUUACGAGUGGUUGUUGACUAAGUUGUGAGUGGAUGAAUUAGCAUUGGAAUGGGUUACUAGUUAUCAUUUAUAACCCCAUUAAUAUUCAAAUUCAUUUAACCGUUUCUGCCUGCAAUGUUAAAGGUUUUAAAUUUUUAAUCACUUGUAUCGAUAAACCUUGCAUUUAAGUUUAGCCUUAAGCGGGGUUUACUAUUCUGUAGUUACUUUAAACGGUUUAUCCAAUGUUAUUAUUAACAACUAUAGCUGGUUAAAAAAAUGAAACUUACCUUGAUUAUCACUGGAUAUUUCAUAGGUGUCUCAAACCAGUUUAUGGUAAAUUAUCUAUAUCUGUUAUGUGCCUCAUUUUCUUGUUAAAAACCACUCGAGUUUCCCAUUGAUAGUUUUAAGUCAUUUUAUAGAUUGGUUUAUAGGGAGUUUAGUUGAAACGACGUUUCUUGGAAUGUCGCUGGAUAGUUCCAAGAAAAACGUUGUUCUUUAUAAUGGAUAAAGAAUCAUUUUAUAUAAUGAUUCAUGUUAGUACCAGCUUUCACUCAGCGACGUUGGUUUAUUUGAAGGGUAAUGGUAGCAGAGUAAGUUUCACAAUUCUAGUUACGGAAAAAUAACUGGGACCUCGCCAAUUUUAACAUUUUCCAAAAAACUCGAAGAGGAUAUUAAUGGAGUUGCGUCAAAGCACAAGAUCCGAUGGCUACAGUCAAUUCUGGUCGGAUCUGGAUCCGACCGGAUCUGACCAGCCAGUACCAGAAUGUAUGUGUUAUAAGUAUUAUAAGAGGUUUUUAUGGGACAAGUGGGAUCAGGCCAACUCUGGUUUGAUCCGGAUAGGAUCGGUUUCAACUAGAUAGGGCCAGAUUUUUUUACUAUGUGUAGCAUAUUAUUAGGGCAUAAGUAGACUUGUUGGGAUCACCCGGCUCUGGCUGGAUCUGGUUCCGACCAGUUUCAACCAGAUAGGGCCAGAAGAAUGUGUUGGAAUAUGAAGGGACAUUAAUCUGCUGAAGUCGUUUUUUUUUUUUCUCAUUUAUGUCAACAAAGCAGCUCCACUUACGGUUAUAUAAAAUCAUCUUUACAAGAUCAUUUUUUUCCCAAAACUCUCGCAACAAUAGUGAAAGAGUUCAUUUCACUGAGUGUAAAAUUCCAGCCUUUGUCGCCAUUUAAGCUGCCUGUGUAUUGUUAUGACUCAUUUUUGUGUGGGGGUUUUUUUUGUAUUUAUUUUUAAAAAUGUUUUUUUUUGCAACAAUUGUGUUCCCAGUCACAGAGUCAAGGUUGUUUCGAGCUUGGGUUGAAAAGUUCAAACUUUGCGAGUGCCGAGCCAAUCAUAUUAUAAAAACGGGGCAGUUGAUACCACAGGUUGUAUUGACACAAUUUUACCUUUAAAAAA